UACAAAUAAGUCACAGCAAGUUCCCGCGGAUACUAAACUACCAUGGCGAUUCGCUCGCUACUCACCCGUCUUCAGUCACUCCGGUAUGCCUCUUUGUCUCAAUCGCUGUAUCUAUACAUCAAAUACUCGAUACCCACAACAAAUCUUGUGCAGUUUACAUAUAACUCGCACCAAUGGGAUUGCAGAAGGGUUCAAUUUUCUCAGGGGCAUUUCAUCGAACAACUUAUGGGCAUAUUCAUUUCAUGACCAGACCUCGUAUAGGGACAACAAUGACACCGACCUCAAAAGCAAGCUACUUUUCCGCGUGCAUCCUCGGCGAAGCGCCACGAGUGUGCUUCAAAAUUGGGUCAGUGAAGGCCGAAAAGUCUCGAUUUAUGAUCUUAGAGAGGUUUCUAAACAACUUGUGGAACGUGGGCGCUACAAACACGCUCUUGAGGUGAUGAAGUGGAUGGAGGGUCAAGAUCGGUUCCAGAUUUCAGAAUCUGAUCAUGCUCUCAGGUUAGAACUAACCAUCAAAGCUAGUACUUUACAAGAAGCAGAAGACUAUUUCACAAAAUUACCUAACAUUGCUUCACAAAAAGCUUCGUAUCUCCAUCUUCUCAACUCAUACGUUAAAGAAAAAGCCGUAGAAAAAGCCGAAUCGCUUAUGAUCAAAAUGAACAGUUUAGGCGCCAACGUGACUCCACAUCCAUUUAACUCAAUGAUGAAACUCUGCACCGCCACAUCCAAGUUUGACUUAGUCUUAUCCAUUAUAUCCCAAAUGAAGGAAACCAAAAUCCCUAGAAACGUGCUUUCGUAUAAUCUUUGGAUGAGCGCGUGUAACGCGCUCUAUGGCGUCGAGCGUGUAGAUAAGGUUUACGAUGAGAUGGUACGUGACAAGAAUGUGAAAAUCGGGUGGAGUACGCUUUGUACAUUGGCUAACAUCUACAUGAAAUCCGGGCUUAACGAGAGGGCGAAUUUAGCACUUAAAGACGCAGAGAGUAAGCUAUCGUCAUAUAACCAUUUCGGUUACUUUUUCCUCAUUACAAAUUAUACAUCUUUAAAGAACAAAGAGGGGGUUAUUCGCGUGUGGGAAGCUUGUAAAAGGGUUGACCGGAAACUCACGUGCGCGAACUAUAUGUGUAUUAUGUCAUGUUUGGUGAAGCUAGGGGAUGUUAAAGAAGCCGAGAGGAUAUUUGCGGAAUGGGAGUCGCAGUGUGUAAGGUACGACGUUAGAGUGAGUAAUAUUCUUCUUGGUGCUUAUGUUGGGGACAAUUUGAUGGAAAAAGCCGAGGCGUUACAUGCUCGAACAAUGGAAAAAGGGGGGUGUCCGAAUUAUAAGACAUGGGAGAUACUCGUGGAGGGUUAUGUGAGAAAUGGAAGUAUGGAGAAAGCGGUUUUUGCAAUGAAGAACGCGUUGAGGAUGUCGAAGCAGUGUGUUUGGAGGCCGUCGCCUGCGAUUGUUGAGUCUGUUUUGGAGUAUGUGGAGAAAAGUAGGAAUCUGGAAGAUGGGAAGUGGUUUUUGGAGGUUCUUAGGGAUUUAAAUCUUGCGGAUUUGCGCGUUUACCGAUUGUUAAUCAGGAUGCAUGUAGAUAACGGAAAACCGAUAGGCGAAAUUGUUAAAAUGAUGGAGGAUGAUCAUAAGGUAGAAAUGGCGAAAUUGUGAUUCUGUUACUUACUGUUUUGUACCGGUUGAUCUUUUUUUUGAAGGGUUUUAUUAUUAAAUUUAUAGUUUAGUACAA